UUGAUAACUCCGCAGUGACCUGCCGGCCAGUGAGUUGCGCGCGCGCUGAAAAAAUCGGCAUUCCAAAUUUAAAUUUUCCGGCGACUCGUGAAAUCGUAAGAUAUGACUCGUGCGAUCCUGGUGACAGGAGGUGCGGGGUACGUGGGCUCCCACACCGUCGCCUACCUGUUGGAGAACAUGGGCAAUGACCUCGAGAUCGUGGUUGUUGACAACCUCAUCAACUCAUAUCGCAGCAAGCCCGGCCAGAAGAAACCCGAGUCGCUCCGCAUAAUCGAGGACAUGACGGGCAAGACGAUACACUUCUACAACUGCGACAUACGAGACGUGCAAGCGAUGCACAGAGUAUUCCAAAACCACUUAAUAGAGUGCGUGAUCCACUUCGCGGCGCUGAAGGCGGUGGGAGAGUCGGUGACGAAGCCGCUGGAGUACUACCAGGCCAACGUCAGCGGCACCUGCACGCUCUUCGAGGUGAUGCGCGACCACGGCGUCCACAAGCUUGUGUACAGCUCGUCGUGUACGGUGUACGGCGAGCCCCAGCGCCUGCCGCUCGACGAGACGCACCCCACGGGGGCCGGCCUCACCAACCCCUACGGCAGGUCCAAGUACUUCUGCGAGGAGAUCAUGAAGGACCUGUGUGCUAGCGACAAGAAGUGGAGCGUGAUAUCUCUUCGGUACUUCAACCCGGUGGGCGCGCACCCCAGCGGCCGCAUCGGCGAGGACCCGCGCGGUACGCCCAACAACCUCAUGCCCUACAUCGCGCAGGUAGCAGUGGGUAGACUGGAGGAGCUGCAGGUGUUUGGCUCGGACUACCCCACAGUGGACGGGACGGGGGUGCGCGACUACGUGCACGUGCAGGACCUGGCCGAGGGCCACGCGGGCGCUCUCGCCUGCUUCAACAAGACCGAGUUCACCGGCUUCCAUGCUAUCAACCUUGGUACUGGCACCGGGUACUCAGUGCUACAAAUGGUGGCGGCGUUCGAGGCGGCGUCAGGGAAGCGUGUACCGUGGCGGGUAGCGGCGCGGCGAGCGGGCGACGUCGCGGUGAACUACGCGGACGCAUCGCUGGCGGCGCGCACGCUCGGCUGGCGAGCGCGACGCACGCUGGCGGACAUGUGCGCGGACACCUGGCGCUGGCAGUCUACGCACCCGCACGGAUACGCAACGUAGAACGUAUACGGGAUUCAUAGCCACACACAAAAUGCCAUACUCAGAGACAUUUCAUUAUGAGAUAAGAUUUUAACAAAAUCUCCAUAC